GACGAGGGGAGGACGAGAGGAGGCGAGGGGAGGACGGGAGGAGACCGAAAUGACAGCGACGUAUGGACACAUGGAGCGGACGGCCUUGGGACAGACGUUCAUCCCCAGAGUGGAGCCGGACGGUCCGGGGCCCGCUCUGAGCCUGGUGCUGCUGGGCAGGAGGAAGUCGGGGAAGAGCUCAGCCGGGAACGCCAUCCUGGACCGGGAGGAGUUCCGGUCGGACGCAAAGACCACCCGGUGCUGCGUGGGCCGCGGCCGGGCCUCGGGGAGGGACGUCACCGUGGUGGACACCCCCGGGUGGAGCCUGUUCGGUCUGGCCCACUCCAGAGAGGUCCGGGCGGAGGUGAGACGGAGCCCCGCGCUGUGCCCCGAGGGGAGCAGGGUGUCCUUCCUGCUGGCCGUCCCCGUCGGGCCCUUCGGGGAGAAGGAGCGCCGGGCCGUGGAGGAGAACCUCGGCGUCUUGGGGAGCGGCGUGUGGAGGAGCACCGUGGUGCUGUUCACCUUCGGGGAGGAGCUGAGGGGACGGAGGGUGGAGGAGCACGUGGAGGAGGGCGGGCGGCCUCUGCAGUGGCUGCUGGAGCGAUGCCAGCGCAGAUACCGAGUGUUGGACCCCACCACGGGACACGGGGGGGUGGAGCAGCUGCUGGAGAUGGUGGAGCAGCUGUGGGGCCUUUAAACCACUAUUAACAUGACUGUGGAAUAACACUAAUGUAAUAAUAGGGAAGUGGUUAAAGACAAAUUAAAAGGAAGAUAAAUCUGAGGCGGCUUAGAGAAAUGCAGCCGAGAGGCUUCGGGAUGAAACGUCUUUACUGUUCAGUUCAAGUCGUCAACUUGAAGCCCAAAAUCACACAUUAAGGCUGGAGGACGUUAAGUUUAGAUCAUGUGCUUGUUUCUACAGAUGGAUCCGCUUUGAAUGAGGUCAAAUGUAAAAUAUUAGGUUAAAAAUGUCAUGGAAAAAAUAUGUUAUUUCAGAAGAAAUGUCUGUGUUGAAAUAAAAGUUGUUUUUGAUUUGAAAAAACUACAACUACACAAAAAUAACAAACCAUUAGGUCAAAAAAG